UCCGUGGUCUCCACACUCUUACCGAUUAUUGACAACUAUGCACCGCAAGCCUUCCAAGCAAUCGGCCGACCUCGCGCUUUGCCAGUACACGUACAAGCCGUGCUCGCACCCACGCUCGACCAAGCGCAACGGCGCGCUCCACCUCCUCUGCGAGUUCCACCGCACCAAGGCCAACCGCAUCCAGCAGGCGUACGCAGCCAAGAAGCGCCUCCGCCAAAUGGAAGCGUUCGCGCCCGCGUCGCCGACGUCGACGGAUACGACGUGGCAAGCGGUGCCCGAGCUCACGUUUUCACCCGACGACUUGCGUGCGAUCGAGGCCAUGACCUUUGCUGAGCCGUCGGACCAUGCUGCCGUGCUCGAAUCGGUCUUUCGUGACUUUUUGAGCGACCCCCUCGACUGCUACAGCCUCUAAGCACGGCACCAUUUAAUUUAAUACCUAGACUCCCUUGUACUCUUCGC